AGUAAGUUGUACUUGGUGUUGUAAAUAUUUCAUAACCUGUUCUUAAACGGUAAUCAAUCGUAACAUCUUGCCCUUGCAACAUGGAGCAAGGCAACGCGAUCAAGCUGUAGCGUUGCUUACUUGCUCUACAAACCUUCUAUCCUAUCCUAGUUGGAGGCAUGACAUUGCGAGAUAUAGCAUAGUCGCGUAACAUUACUAGCCUCACAAGACGUGCCUUGUGAGGCGACAAUGGUACAGUGUGAGCCGCCACCAGUAGACUUGCUGACCUCCGUCGACGCGCCUGGUGCAGACAAAGAUCCAAAUUACGGCCUUGGCAUGUCUAGUGCUUCGGAAAAAUACGAGAGACAGAAAUGUGACUGGUUCUAUCCAAGAACCCACUGACUGAUACAAGAACUCGUCGCUCCCCAAUGAGCAAGAUUCAAUUCCCCCUUUCAUGUCCCACCCAUGGGCGUGACAUCAGCAGGUCCUCUUGGGGAUGAUGUUUUUGUUGGGGGUAACGUUGGCGCAGCACCAAAGAGUCUUGCAGCUGAGUUAUGACUGAGAAAGUCAAAUGUUUUUUGAGGAAAUAGUCAGAGUAGUUUCUUGUGUUUGAUCUCCAGAGGAUGAUCUAGAGAGAAAAGGCUUGGCUACUUACAACCCUAAUCAUUGCAAGCUCCACUUUCCGACUCGCUGACGGGAAGACGGUUUCCUGUUACAAUGACAGUCAAUUCGCAGAGAUAAGACGGAGGUGCGGCCUCAGCGAGGACUUCUUGCUAGACCAGUUUGAGUUUUCGCCUGAAUUCUUUAAAAGUCAAGGCGGGAAAGGAGGGGAGCUCAUGUGCUGGACAAGGGACAGGAAGUAUGUAGCUAUUUGUGGCUGGUGUUCUAGAGGUGCUUACUCAGAAGUUUUAUGUGACAACUUUCUCAGGUUUUGAAGGGGUAUUGGACCGUAGCAAGACAUUCUCAUGGACUUUCAUUAUCUUUCAGGUUCAUCGUGAAACAGUUGUCGGCUGGGGACCACGCAACCCUGUUAGAUAUCGCUGGGCACUAUGUCGUCCACGUGCUGUCAGGGAAGACGUUUCUGACUUUAUGGCUGGAAGAUUUCUAACUCUAUUUGAUGCGCCUCUCAUCGUUUGAGUUGUCAAACGGGGCAUGGUUACGGUCAGACGAUACUUGUACAGCAAUUCUUCUCACUUCCUAGGCACGUACUCAUAUUACCGCGAUCGGGAGACGCCUUGUAGUGUCACUGUUUCAUUCAUCGAAGGUCAAGAGGACUAAGAUUGAGGUCACUAAGAUUUCAGGAACUCUUUGUACAAGGAAGAAAUCUUUCAUACCUUUUGAUCCCGCUCCACUUCGAGUAUGAAGGAAGGCAGUAUAUGGUGAUGAUCAGUUGCUUGGCGAAAAGCGUGGAUGGUUAUGAUUUCGGCAUCGGGGCUGAAGGAUUUGACGCACUGUACGAUCUGAAAGGGUGUGCGGACGAUAAAUUGAUGAUGCAGAAGGGGAAGAAGGUAGAAGUUGUAGGUAGAAGUACUCGGUGUAGUUCUGAAAAUCAAAGUCAUAGAAGUAAGUAGUAGGAGUUACUGCACGGCAGGAGGCAGUCGUGGUCACAGGAUGACGAUCAAGCAAGAAGUCCAACAAUUAACAAUUUCAAAACAAACUUCAGAUCGUAGCCGUCCGCAAGAGAAUAUGGCACCUAUGGAUGUGGUGUGGUUCUUGCUUGUGGUCCCAGCAAAGAAGGCUCUAUUACACCGAAAAGCGACUAGCACGAAAAUGGAAGAUGGAUGGAUUGCCGCAAGCGACGAGGGAUCUUAUCUUAUGCUCCAAGCUUGGGAGAAGAAUAGAUCACUAGCGCUAUAUAAAAAACACAAAGAGAAGUGCAUCAAAAAGGUCAAAAAAUAAGAAAGGAAGUGCAACAAUUAAGUCCUGUGAGUGACCUCUUGCUAGGUAAAUGAAUGAAUGAAUGAAUGACUUGACACGUUGAUUUGUCUCGUCUUCUUAUGGUGCAAGAAAAAGUAGCACCUCUUCUAUGCGUCUGGUGAUCUAAUCUUCGUGGAAACGAUACGGCGAGAUUGUGAGGAUUUCCUCAUUCCUCAGGGCUUGAUGGACUACAGCCUGAUAGUCGCGACCAAGAAGCUUGUUCCAGAGGUUAAGGAUGACAGCGUCUUAGAUGGUCGUCUUUUAUACCUCUAGACUGGGUACACUACUACUACUGCUACUCUUUUUGUCUCUCUCGUUUAUCUUUUAUCUCAAAUCCCGCUCUAAAAAAGCACCAUCUCCUGCUUUGCGACAGCGAAUCGAUGCUGCGUUACCAACGGAAGCAGAGAACUGGAGCUCGCCGUUGCUAGUUGACCGCCAAGAAGGCAGUGAGCUGCUCUGUGUGGGCAUCAUAGACUUCCUUCAACGAUGGACGCUUAUAAUUAUGGCGUUAGAUGAUGGCUCUUCCACCAUGGCUCUUCCACCAAACGGACUAAAUUCUCCUGUACUUGAUUUCCUUUGCUGCGCAGGAAAGAAGAUCUAGAUAUAUGUAGUUUUCUUCUAAGCAAGAUGUAGCUUUCUUCUAAUUCCCAAAAAGUCGCAAUGUACAUCAAGGUGUUGGAAAGAGACAAAGCUUCGAUACCGCCACAAGCAUACGGGAGGCGUUUCGUUGAGCGGUUUGCUGCGAAGUUUGUGGUUGGAACGAGUUCCUCGUAGAUCCAAAGAUUCGAAAAAAAACACAUUGGCAAGCAAUGCGAGCAUCUUUAUCUAUUGUCUACUUCGCAGGAAAAUUUUAGGGGAGGGCACCAUUUUAAUUCCUGUCGUCUUGAAAACAUCGGCCAUGAUAAUUAGAAACUUGCACACCAAGAACAUGUUCUCGUUUUUUUGAAAAAUCUGGUUUUGCGCAUACAUUCACCAUCGAUCCAAGAAAUGUGAUUUCCAUGUAAGCACGUCGCAGCAACGCCAUUGUUUUUGAAGUAUGUGAAAAAUGUGCAUUUCUUACAGCAAGUCUGAAAUCAGACUGCAUACCACAAUAUUUUUAGAAUAUAUUCUUCCAGUUCCACAUGCAUGCUGACAUGCUUUUGUUGCUGGGUCUACUCGCAGACAUGGUUGUCCUUUCCGCCUGAUAGACCUAAACACGCAGAUAUUCUCAUACUCGCAACGCAGCGUCAGCAUAUCUUGUGAUGUCCCUCUCAUUGUGUUUGUGCGUGGCUGGUCCACGAUGUCCUUGAAGGAUUAAAUUUAUAAUGACCAGGCUUCACACUUCCGCUGCCGUCAUUAAUUUGACACACUGCUGGAACUGUUUUGUCCCGCCAUUAGGCUACUAAAUGAUGAUGAUGAUGAUGAUGAUGAUGAUGACGCUUCAGCAAUGUCUUGAGACGCAGAAAAUCGUCUUCAGCUUACCAAGG